AAUUACGUCAUCUGUUUACUCGCUUCGAGGUCCCUCUGUAAAGAGCUGCAGUGUUCCGUCUCCAAAUGGCGACAGACACAGAAAAACAGGCUUCUUUCGAAGAAGCGUAUUACGACCAGUACGAUUAUUACAAUCUGCGUGAAUAUCCGGGCCAUGCGGGAGGCAAAGGCAGGUCCAAGAAGGAGAUCGAGCUGAACACCAAUCGCCAUUGCCCCGCUGGACACGAGAGGAAGAUAGCUGAAAAAUACCACAAUAGCCAGAUGAAACGCAGAAGAACCAAGAGCGCUUCCUCCUGAAGGCCUUUCUUAAUGUUUACAGAUCCAGACACAUGUUGGUAUUCUGGUUUUGAUCACGGCCGAGCGUCUGCUGCUGAUCCAGUGAAUGGAGGUCGUCGUGACCACGAGGACACCCCUGUUCAUUAGUCACGAGACAGGACUCCAUUCCCAGCCUAUCCUGUAACACCACCCACCCCUCUCAUGUUGCAGUUGUGCAAGAAUAGUUUGUGUUGAGCUAAAUGGGUCAAUGGUGUGUCUAUGUGCUUUGUAGAUUAUAUAUAUUAUAUAUUAUAUAUAUAUAUACCAACUAUGAUUAUGUCUGUGGGUGCAGAAGAUAUGCUGUAUUUUAAUUCAAUAAAGCAUCUUAAAAAAUCUUU